AUUUUCCUUUAAAGAUUCAGGGGUAUAAAAGAUUAUCCUUUUCCGGGAACAAUCCCGUCCAUUUUCCCCUUGUCUUCUUCUCUCCCCAGAUCUCUCCGCGGCGCAAACCCUUCAAUCUGCGUUUUUCUUAGCCCUUUCUUGUUAGAUAUGGCUAAAGGGCAUGCGGCAUUUCAUCAUGGAAGUUGUUUUUGCUGUAGUUGGGACUUGAAUGUGCUCGAAAUGGAGGGUUGAGAUUGGUUUUUUGGUUUCUGGAUAGAGAGAGAUGGGGAGUCCAAGUGACUCCAACACCAAAGGUAUUGACGCCACAGUUGGCGGGUUGGUUUGGGUCCGGCGCCGAAAUGGGUCGUGGUGGCCGGGUCGGAUUCUGGGCAUGGAUGAAUUAUCUGAGGGCUGUUUGGUGUCACCCAGAUCAGGCACUCCUGUGAAGCUUCUGGGAAGAGAGGAUGCAAGCGUGGACUGGUAUAAUCUUGAAAAAUCUAGAAGGGUGAAGGCAUUUCGCUGUGGGGAAUAUGAUGAAUGCAUUGAGAAGGCCAAGGCUUCUGCAGCUAAUUCCUCCAAGAAAGCAGUGAAGUAUGCUCGGAGGGAAGAUGCUAUUCUUCAAGCUCUUGAGAUUGAAAGUGCUCGUGAAUCCAAAGAUAAUGCAGACCUCUGCUCAGAAAUGGAUAAAUCAGGUGAGGAAUGUUGUAUUGUCAAGGAGUCGACAAAAUUAUCCCAUUCUAGCAAAGAAACUGACCACACUGAUGAGGAAUCAAGCAGUUUUAAAGGCGCUUCCAGUUCAGCACAGGAAUUGACUCAGUCUGGAGUAUCAUUUGAAGAGCCAAACCAGAUAGGUGCAUUCAGAGAGCAACUUGUGCAGGGGAGGCGACGACGAACCCCUAAUGAUUCAGAGGAUGAUGGAACUGAGGGAGUUAAGCGAAUGAGAGGACUUGACGAUUUGGGAAUGAGUGUUGUGUCACCACUAAAGAGAAAGAGAUCACAAGUGGCCCAUGUUCAUGAGUUCUUGAAACGAAAAAGUCGCCGCCGUCCCCUGACAAAGGUUUUAGAAAGUACAGCUAUGGUGUCUGUUCCAGUUAUGUGCGAAGAACUUCCCAGUCCAAUUGGGUCACCUCUCCCAGGAGUGUCUGACAGCAAGGUUUCUGGACUAGAAUCCAAUGAAUCAAAGAAGAGCUUCUCUGUGGUACUUAAUAACUCAGAUAGUACAGGAGUUUCAUGUGAAAAUGGAAUCUCACUGAAUGCAUCUGGACAGGCUGCUGAUGCAUCUCUCAUUAACUAUAAACAAAAGGACAAUGAAAUUUGCAGCAUAUCAGGACCUGGCAAUGAUUCUUCUGACAAAUUGUUUGAUGUGCCAUUUGUAAAGGAGGAAAGGAAUGCUCCAGGCUAUGCACCAUUGUUUGCACCGUGUCCACCUCAAAAGCUCCAGGUUGGUGCUGGGGGGCAAUCUAGUCAAAGCAGUCAAGUGGAAACUAUCUCCGUGGGAAAUGAAGAACUUAAUGAGUCUGGUUCUACAAGUUCAGGUGCCCUUGAUAUUGAUAGUAUCAGCCAGAGUAUAGAAAAAGGUUCAAAGUGGCAGUUGAAAGGAAAGAGGAAUUCAAGGUGUGCAAGUAAAAUGAAAAGAAUGGACUCAAGAAAGCCUGUCGAUGUUGAUGAUGAAUACGAUGUUUCUUUGGGAGGCUUAGAGGCUGGGGAUGAAUUUUCUAUAGGCUCUGAUCUGAAAGUUGACUCUGAACCCCAAGCAGUUACAGAAUUCCAUCCAGAGUACCGGGGAUGGAGUGGGCAUAUGGCUUUCAAGCGACCACAAACAAGGAAGCCAACUGCUGAUAUGAAACACCUGUCUGGUUACUCAUUAACUGCGCAAAGGUUGCUACCGUAUCGCCAGUCCCGUUUUACAAUGAACCCGAAGUACCAGUCGUCAGAUUUUCCCGUCAGAUUUUAUGAUACUUAUCCUUCUUUAUUUGAGGUUAAUCUGGAGGUGAAAGCCAGUUAUCGUCCUCAGCAUGUACCAUAUAUUUCUCUCAUGAGCAAAUUGAACGGGAAACCUAUCACAGGUCACCCUAUCACUGUCGAGGCGUUGGAUGAUGGUUCCUGUGACCACAUGUUGUAUGGCCCUGAUUGCUAUGCGACUAGUAGCAGCUGUGAGUUGGAUGACAAUCUGGAGGAUAAUAAAUCUGUUCUUGAAGGCGUGGAUAUGGAUUAUGAAGAAAAGCCAAGCCUGGGUGCUGGAAGAAUUCCCGUCAAGCAUCUGAAGUUACACCGUGUUUCGCCAAAUAAAUCACCCAAGUCCAGGAAAACCGGGCUCCUGUCUAAAAAGAUGCGUAAACUGUCUUCGCUAACGGGGUCUCACAGACGAACUGAGGAUGAGAAGCUGGUGGUAGAGAAGAUCAAGGGCCCUUCCAUAGCCUGUGUCCCCUUGAAAGUAGUGUUCAGUAGGAUAAACGCGUCGCUGAAAGGGUAGAAGAAGAAUGGGGCGAGCAGCAAAGCAAAGCAAAACAAAGGCAUCUCAUCUCAUCUUGCUCGACCAAUCCAUGACCAUGAAACCUGUUUAUUUGAGAAAAUUGCAGUAGCUGGAACAUGCAUGUAUGUUUCUGUUUUGAGGUACUCUUUUAACUCAGUUAGGCAGCCUUAUUUUCAACAAUUUUAAACUGUUAAUGGUGCUUCCCCGGUUUCCAGCUCUGUACAUACUGCCCUCCACCCCCCAGAGGUAGGCUUCCCCCCCACCCCCAGUUUCCUUCUUUGUAUCAUAUCGCCAAUGCCCUUUUUCAUUGCUAGGAAGAAGAUGAUGAAGAAGAAGGAAUUAUAUAUUAAUUAUUCUAGAAUCUUAGACCAAAAAUUAUAAGCAGUCUGCUUUGGUUGUGCAUGUAACAUUGGCCAAGGUGUAAAAAUAUUGGUGAUAUCAUCAUAUUUUGGGUUUUGGUGUUGUAUUUCAGGGAAUGAGUCUUCGAUUCAGAAUAGAAUCCAUUUUAUUCGUUUCGAUAACAUAAUCAUGCAUGCCAAAAGACUCUGGUUGGCUCGAUUUGAUUCGAUUCGAUUCAAUUCUAUUCUUGAUUCUUGGUUCCCGUUCGAUGCAUUAUUGAUUGGUUCGCAGGAAAAUUUGGCCAUUUUAUCUGUAGGUGUGCAUUCAGGGCUCAAAGGUUGCACACUCACUGCCAAUGCUUUGGAUUUUGUCUUUGGAUCACUUUGGUGGAAAGUUGUGACUACUUCUCUACUACUCUCGCAUUCCUCUUUAUCUGUCAGAUGAUCCAAAAAAAUUUUGGUCCAUCAAACGCUUUGAUCGUGG